AUGGCCUCAUUCCUCCCAACGUUUCCUCCUUUCGCUCCAGCGACCGACUCGUGGAUUGAUUAUCUGGAGCGAUUUGAUUGCUUUCUGCUUGCUAAUGAUCUCACAGGGUUGUCUCCUGCCCGCAGUUCUUGUGGCAGUACGGUAUUUGCCACUGCUAAGACUCUGUUUGCUCCGCAACCAAUCGCUGAGGUGCCAUGGGAUACCCUUAUCAAUCGGUUGAAGGAGCAUUAUGCUCCUGCUCCGUCACGAGUGGCUCGUCGCCUAGCCUUUCGGAGACGAAUGCAAAAGGACAGAGAAUCUAUCUCCGACUACGUCGCCUCGUUGCGGACUGCUGCCUUGCACUGUCAAUUUCCCGAGCUGGACGAUGUUUUGCUCGACCAGCUGAUUUGCGGGGUAAGGGACCUUCGAAUACAACGACGCCUUUUGUCCCGCAAGGACUUGACAUUUCAGGCUGCGUUGGACGAAGCACAGGCUACUGAGGCGGCCGAAAAGUCUGCUGCUGAGCUUCGCAGUUUUCAGGCAAAUUCCGGCCCUAUAGCACCAAUGUUGGAUGUCCAUUGCGAAAUUUCUGACCGUGAGACCUCUUCAGGGGAAGAGGAGGACGUGAGACAGUUAAAAUUGGCGCAGACACGGAGAAAGGCUGCCCCUAUCAUGCAGCCUCAGGGUGUUUGUGUGGGUUGUGGAGGCAAUCACAUUCGAGCAGAAUGCCGUUUCAGGGCGGCCGUUUGCCGCCAUUGUGGAAAAAAAGGUCACAUCUCUAAAGUUUGCAGGGCUGCCCUCCCAGAUCCUGUUUGGAAACCUGAUCCCUCAAGUUAUAGUCGAUCUUCCAAAAUGAAACCUGGCCGCAGAGGGAAUUGGGCCUCUGAGGCACGAGAUAAUGAGCAUUCGGAAGUAGCUAUCACCCAUGCCACAUCUAUAUCCCCUUGCAAGAAAAUUUACAUCACGGUGUCUCUCGAAGGGGCACCGUGUCAGAUGGAGGUAGACACUGGCUCUUCCAGAUCUCUAAUUGCUUGGGCCACUGUGAGGAAACUAGUUCCCUCUUUCUCUAAGAGCCGCCUACAACCUUGCUCCAUGACUCUGAAAGAUUAUCAGGGGAACAUAAUUCCAACCUUGGGGGUGGGUUCUUUCGGGGUGACCUAUGAUUCCUUUGCAGGUAAAUUGCCGCUAAUCGUAGUCAGAAGAAAUUUACCAUGUCUCCUUGGACUCGACUGGUUCGAUGCCUUAAAGCUUAGUAUUUCUGGUGUCCACACUACCGGCCUUGAAGUUCCUGAUGUGCUGGCUGAAGAAUUUGCUGAUGUUUUUGAUGGGCAACUUGGUAAUUACAAAGGAACCCCAAUCUCCUUUAAUUUAGACCCCCAAGUGGCGCCCAUACGCCUCAAGGCUAGGAGGGUGCCGCUGGCGCUUCGCCCUAAAGUGGACAAGGAACUAGAUAAACUAAUUGCCCAGGGCAUUCUAGUACCUGUAGAUUACUCACCAUGGGAGACCCCUAUUGUAAUUCCCUUGAAGCCGGACGGCUCUGUCAGAAUAUGUGCCGAUUAUAAGGGUACGAUAAAUAAGGCACUCCAGGCAAACCCCUACCCUGUGCCUGUGGUGCAGCAUCUGCUCCACUCGUUAGGCAAAGCGCAGACUAUUGUCACCCACCGGGGCGCUUUUAAAUGUACUAGGCUCCAAUUCGGUGUUUGUGUGGCCCCUGGCAUAUUCCAAUGUCUUAUGGAGCGUCUGCUCCAUGGGCUUGAGGGUGUGGUGCCCUACUUCGACGAUGUUCUAAUUUCUGCCAAUGAUCAAUUGGAACUCGUUGGUAAACUAAGGGCAGUGCUAACCCGCCUCAGAAAGGCGGGGCUAAAACUUAAAAAAGAGAAGUGUCGAAUCGGGGUGCCCAAGCCUCUGUUGGGUUUAUUGGCUGGCGAUCGCCCGACACCGCCUAUCCUAUCGCCGCGCAUGUCCCGGUGGACAGAGUUCUUAGCUGUUUAUUCAUACCAUCUUAUUUAUAAGCCGGGCAAGGCUAUCGGUCACGCCGAUGCGCUUAGCCGAUGCCCCUUGCCCUAUCCUAUCAGAGACCCUGCACCCACAGCUUCAGUUUUGUUGAUUGAGGAAUGGGAUUCCCCAAUUUCUGCAAGAGAUAUCCGUAGAGAGACCACGAGGGACACAAUUUUGUCCCAAGUCAUUGACUGGGUACGCAGGGGGUGGCCAAAAGGCCCACUAUCACCUGAGUUCGUACCGUACCACAGCAGACAGUUUGAAUUGUCAGUUUUACAAGGCUGUCUGUUGUGGGGGAAUAGAGUGGUAAUCCCCUUGGUCCUAAAUAAGACAGUUCUAUCAUGCCUCCACGAAGCUCACCCUGGGGUAGUUCGAAUGAAGGCUCUGGGCCGCAGUUACACCUGGUGGCCCAAAAUGGAUCAAGAAAUUGAACGUUGGGUAGAUCAAUUUUCCGCGUGCCAAGAGUCCAGGCCGGUGCCCCCUGCAGCAACGGUUCAAGAAUGGGAAAGGCCUCGAGGGCCAUGGACAAGGGUCCAUGUGGAUUUAGCAGGUCCAUACAUUGGGUGGCAGUUUUUUAUUCUGGUAGACGCUUACUCUAAGUGGGUGGAGUUGGCACUUAUGCCAUCCACCACCUCAGACGCCAUUAUAAGGGUCCUCAACCGCCUAUUUGCUACCCAUGGCCUACCUGACACAUUGGUGUCAGACAAUGGGCCCCAAUUUACAGCGGCACCAUUUCAGUUCUUCCUGGCACGACUGGGCAUUCGCCAUGCCACCACGGCUCCUUUCCACCCGGCGGCUAAUGGCCUUGCGGAAAGCCGUGAGGUCGGCCAAAGAGGCGCUAGGCCGUUUAGGGCCGGCCGAUUGGCACAAGAGAGUCAACCAAUAUCUUUUAGCUCAGCACACUACCCCUUGCCCUACUUCCGGAUUCAGCCCUGCAGAGCUCUUAAUGGGCCGGCGUCUCCGGACAGUACUUGA